GGCGCCAACAGCCAAGUGAGGAGCGGGAGAGGCAGCCGGGGAGUCCGGACAUGGGCCUGGCGGAGGCGCCGUCGGAGCCGGGGGCCGUCCUGCCGCGUGAGGGUGGUGCUGGGCAUGGUGAGAAGGUCUGAGCACGCAGCUCCUGCCCCUCCACCCCAGCCUGCGGCCAGUUCUCAUUGUGGGGGGCUGCCUUCCAGGGCUGGGCGGGCAGCCGACUAGGAGCCUGCCACCAGGAUGUCGGCCAACAAAGGCUGGUGGGUGCCGCCCGAGGGGGACGACAGCGUGUCUGCGAGGCUCCUGAGGAAGACCAGGGAGUCGCCGCUGGUGCCCGUGGGCUUAGGAGGCUGCCUGGUGGUGGCGGCGUACCGGAUUUACCGGCUGAAGGCUCGGGGUCCCACCAAGAUGUCCAUCCACCUGAUCCACACGCGGGUGGCGGCGCAGGCCUGUGCCGUGGGCGCCAUCAUGCUCGGGGCCGUGUACACCAUGUACAGAGAUUACAUCAAGAAGACGGCGCAGGACACCGGGGAGAAGUAGCAACGCCCAGCAGGCCGGCCUUGACACUCCCAGACCCGGUUUCGAAUAAAGUAGCUUUGAGGAAAA